AUGUUAUAAAACUAUACUUAAUCUGCUGCAAUCUAGUAUUCUCUCGAUUAAUCAGUGAUACGUAGAAUUAAUAAAGAAAUAUAGUAAGAGUCGCUCAAUAAAGACAGCAGAAUUAUUUUAAUUCCUCCUACCAAUGAUAACUACCACAAUUUAAGAGCCUUUUAUAUAAUGAAAGAAGGAUAAUUUUAAAUGGAUGAUUAAGUUCACACUUCUCAAUUAAUUUAAAAUGUUAUUUAGAUUGAUGAUACCUAAAAGCCAAAUAAAAAAUAAAAAUAUGUUUAUACUGAUUGUAUCUUAGAGAUCAGUAUUGUAAUUCCUAAAAACUACCCUAUUUCUCACCCGCGUUUUAAAUUUCCUUAGUAACCUCUUCACCCUUCUUUCAAAAACGAAGCAAUAUGUUGUGGUAUUUCUUGCUAGUUUAAAAAAAACUGGGAUCCUACUUAAACAAUAUUUUCAGGCAUAGAGACUUAUUGUACAAAUGUCCUAAGUAUUCCAAGUCUUAUAAAAAGUGGAUAUAAUAUAGAUCUAACAAGAGACUGCAAUUUUGAAAUGAUAAACAUGAUAAGCUGUAAUAAAAAUAUGUUCUUAGAAAAAUGCGAGAAAUGGGCUGCCACUAAAGGAAACUUAUUAUAAUAUAUUGAAGACGCCUAGUUUACUAAUUAUUUGAAAAAGAACAGCAGCAAUUCAUUGGUUAAAGAAAUUUUGUGUAAAAUGUAGUAAAUCAAAGACAGAAGAACUGCAUAUUAAAUUAGAAUGAUAGAAAAAAAUGCAGAGUAUUUUCAAUCACUUUCAAUAUCUAUGAUUCAGCAGAUAAUAUAAAGAUCUUAAAACCCUAAUUUAAUGUCUUUAGUCAAUUAAUUAAGUAAAAAGAGUUAGUGA